GGCCUGCCCCCUUUAGCAAUCGGAUGUUUACUUGCUUUGUCAGCUGUGUCCUCGCAGCCUAGCCUACUGUAGUCUACCUCCGAAUUGAUCAGAACCUCGGACUUGAACCCCAGAACAGCAAUACAUCAGACCGCCAAGGUUCCUUGUCACUCAUUUCCCAUUCUCUGCUACUAUAGGACAUUGAACAGGGGUGCAUUACGUUCACUUUUGUUUUUUUCCUAACCAGUAAAGAUGACAUUAAAAUCGAAUAAAAACGAACCCGCUGUCAUACUUGAGCGGGUGAACAGUGCUCGAACAGCCCUCUCCGACCUGUACCUGGAGCAGCUGCUUCAAAACAAACCAAAACCAGAAAAGGGGGUUAUGCCAGCCUAUGAGUCAAAAGGAGCAGAAGUAUACACCAACGGCAGUGCUGGUCACAUGAAUGGAACUGAGCCAACUAGGAUGCGUGAGGUGGCGUUUGAAAAAAAUCCCUCAGAGCCCAUGGGGGUGACUCUGAAAUUUAAUGGAAAACAGAAGUGCACUGUGGCCAGAAUAUUACAUGGUGGAAUGAUACAUAGACAAGGUUCCCUACAUGAAGGGGAUGAAAUAGCAGAGAUCAAUGGAACGAGUGUGGCCAACCAAUCUGUCGACCAGCUACAAAAGAUCUUGAAAGAUACCAACGGAGUAGUCACAAUGAAAAUCAUCCCCAACCAGCCAAGGUGCUCUCUUUUGUGUGAGACGUACAUGAGGGCUCAGUUUGACUACGACCCUGCCAAGGAUGACCUCAUCCCAUGCAAAGAAGCAGGGCUGAAGUUCAAAACGGGCAACAUCAUUCAGAUCAUCAACAAGCAUGAUCCAAACUGGUGGCAAGGCAAGGUGGACAUCUCUACUGCCGACUUUGCUGGAAUCAUCCCCUCCCCAGAACUUCAAGAAUGGCGGGUGGCAAGUAAAAGCAAGGCCACAGAGGGCACCCAAUCCUGCAGCCCCUUUGGAAAGAAGAAGAAGUGCAAAGACAAGUAUCUGGCCAAGCACAGCUCUAUCUUUGACCAGUUGGACGUGAUUUCUUAUGAAGAGGUUGUCCGGCUCCCUGCCUUCAGCAGAAAAACCUUGGUGCUUAUUGGUGCACCAGGUGUAGGAAGGAGCCACAUCAAAAGCUCGUUGCUGACCAAAUACCCAGAGAAGUUUGCCUACCCUGCACCACACACCACCAGACCCCCACGUAAGGACGAGGAGAACGGGCAGGAGUACUACUUCAUCUCCAAUGACGCCAUGACCAAGUGCAUCACUGGGAAUGAGCUGCUGGAGUAUGGCAGCUUCCAGGGGUUCAUGUUUGGAACCAAAAUGGAGACUAUCCAGAAGAUCCAUGAGCAAGGAAAAAUUGCCCUGCUCGAUGUGGAGCCACAGACAUUGAAACUUUUGCGGACGGCAGAUUUUGCGCCUCUAGUGGUGUUCAUUGCACCUACCAACUCAGCUACCCAGUCGGAAGCUGUGCAGUCGAUCCAGAAGGAGUCAGAUGCCAUCCACUCCACCUACAGACACUUCUUUGAUGUGCUGCUGGUUAACAACGAUGUUGAUGAGAGUGUGAAAGGAGUGGAGGCGGCCAUAGAGCAAGCCACUUCCACCCCACAAUGGGUGCCGGUAUCCUGGGUCUACUGACCCGUGUACCCCCGAAGAACAGUCUAACAAAACUGUUUUAAUAUCACAAGACCUGGCCACGCAUUACUGAUACACCACCAAGUUUGGGUAGCAGCUAAUCGCUAUGGUUACUGUCAAUAAGUUUUGCACAAGUGCAUAAAAAAAAGCAAUACAGAAGAUACCAUUUUAUUUCAGAAAGUAGAAUGAAACUCACCACAAAGGGAUAUUUUACAUCUUUGUAAGAGCUUAGUGCUUCUGGCUUUUCAGGUGCGGAAUGAUGGGUGCCAUAUGACUGCAGCUGAUUAUUAGCAUGUGAAUGCAUAGAGGACCACUACUGUGAACGUAACACUUCACCUGACAGGGUUUCAUCAUCAGUAUCCUUAUCUCGGGUUGAAUUGUAAACAGGGUGUCAUGAAAUGUUACAUAACUAUAUUGUCCAUAUGGUCAUGUAUUAAAAUACAGGGAAAACGUGUGUUCUUCAUUAAAUUGUCAAGGUUC